GUGUCCCGUACAGUACACAGUGUUCCCUGUUUUGUUCCAACCUGAAGCAGCUGCGCGCUCCAACUCCCCAGCAAAGGAAAAGAUAGGGACACUCUGGGUGGCAAAACUCGGGGACUGUUGUCACCACUAUAUCUCCACAUCAAGACACCAUCUGAGCACCAUGGCGGUGGCUGCGUCUCAAAGAGGCAGUCUACGGGAGGACCUGACGUGUGCAAUAUGCUGUGAUUUGUUUCGAGAUCCUGUCAUGCUUCCAUGCGUGCAUCACUUCUGCAAGAACUGCAUCUCCAGGUACUGGAGAGGGGUGCAGGGUUGUGUGAGCUGCCCCCAGUGCCGCAAGGAGUUCAGCUCCAAACAGUUUCACACCAACUACUUGGUGACGGCCAUGGUGGAGAAGGUCAGAGCCAGCUCUCCGGACAGCUACACAAUGAAUAUAGAGAAACAACUGAAGGAGUCAUUGGAAAGCCAUCUCGUGAAGAAGGAAGAGUUCUUCAACAUAAUCCACAGGGACCAAGAGAAGAUGGACACCAUAAAGAGGGUGGGAGCCGAGCUUCAAGCCCGUGUCCAGUGCGAGUUCAGGGCCCUGCAGCAGUUCCUCCAGGAGGAGGAAGCCUGCGUGCUGGAGCAGAUGAGGCGGGAGCAGCGGGAGGUGACGGAUAAACUGCAGCGCCACCUGGAGGACAGCCGGGAGGCGGUGAAGGAGCUGGAGCAGAACAUCAGAGCGCUGCAGCAGGCUUUCGCCGCCAGCGAGAACACCACGCCGACCGAGCUGCCACAGAUAAGGCUGUGUGUACAGGUGGACGCGGCGCCGGAGCUAGAUAUGAAUGCUUUUAGCGUCAAAUACACAGCGCCAUUACAGUACAUCACGUGGAGGAAGAUGUUCAAGUCUUUAAAACCAGGUCCGGCCCCGUUGACCUUUGACAUGGACACGGCCCACCCGAGCGUCUACGUCUCCAGGGACAAGACGGUGGCGGUGGAGUCCGGCAGCGGCCCGGUCCCGUACAAGCCCAGCCCCAAGCGCUUCCUGCAGUGCGUCAACGUGCUGGCCGCCGAGGGCUUCGGCUCGGGCCGCCACUACUGGGAGGUGGGCGUGGGCAGCAAGCUCAAGUGGGACCUGGGCGUGGCGUCGGAGGCGGUGGACCGGGGCGCCCGCGUCAAGCUCAGCCCCGAGAGCGGCUACUGGACCCUGAGGCUGCGUAACGGCGACGAGUACUCGGCGGGGACGCAGCCCUGGACACGGCUGCCGGCGCGCUCGCUGGCGCCGCCGCGGCGCGUCGGCGUGUUCCUGGACUGCGAGGAGCGGCGGGUGUCCUUCUACGACGCGGACAACAUGAGCCUCCUGCACUCGUUCGCCGACGGCCCCAGGGGCAAGGUGUACCCCUUCUUCAGCCCCUGCAUCGCCGACGACUGCCAGAGGCCGCAGCCCAUCCAGCUCAUCCAUCACCUCCCCGUCUCUCUGGUGGUCUGAGUGCGGUCCGGCUGGGGAAGCAGAGGCGUGACCAGACCGAGGUGUCCCGUAGCUCUCGUAACCAAGUGCCUUUGUAGCCAUGCGUAGCCGUAGCAGCGUUGCUACUGUUGUUGUUGUCAAUGGUGUACUCCUUGUUAGAGCCUAUGUUGUUGAUUCUGCCAUGUGAUGAGCCAACAGCUCGCAUAGCUUCUCAUCUCAUUGUUCAAUUAUCCGGACAUUUGAUUUAAUUGUCUCUUCAUUGGCAGACUUUGCUAUAUAUAUAUCCCUUUUGCAUCGGAAAGCGAACAAUGGAACAUUUUAGGAUGACUGGGAAACGAAUGAUGCUGUGCUUAACCUAAAUUGUAUGACAAUAAGCUGCGUUGUGUGGCCUGCCAAACUCUAAAAGCCAAUUAUAGUUAAAGUGCUUCAGCGCUUUACCAAACACUAGUAAUUACAUUCCACUGAUUUGUCAAUGUUCUUUUAAUAUAAUGGCUGCUAAUGACCAUUAUUCGGCCAAACAGUGGACUCAAUGCAUGCGUGUAUUGAAUAAAAUCCCCAUAGAAAAACUUUGAAACCAUUGAAAUAUUAUUAGAAGCGUUUCAGACCUUUGCAAAACUAUUUAGAUCACUAUAUUAUAUUUUUUAUUAUUAGUCGUCUCAUUCAAUGCUUGGUGGUUUAGCAAGUUAAAUGUCCUUGGUUUACUUUAUUGCCUUUUUUUGAUUGACUUGAAGAUUUGGUUAAGAAAAUUAUGAUUGCAAAGUAUUGACUUUUGGGUACCUUUUCCUUGCGCCAAUUUAUAUGCUAACUGCAAACUAUUCAACGUUAUUAUUAUUAUUACAGAAAAUCAAUCAAACAUUAUUGAGUUGUUUAUCUCAUUAUUGUUGCUGCCCAUCUCAAUCUUUAUUUGCUCUGCACUGAACACUGCCAAAUGUGUUCAAAAGUGAAAUGUUAACCAUUUCCAAGACCUUUGCAUGACAAGUAGUGCAGCCCCACAUCAGUUGAAGAAAAUAAUAAUAUUAUAGAUUAAAAUCAGUUGGAAAAUCCCACCAUUGAGAUGACAUAAAAGAUCAAUGCCCACACAAUAUUAAUACACAUAAUGCACUUCACUUACACAAUAUGGGCUUUUUUUCCCUCAGGCCUAUGACUCUCGGGUGACCUUGCUUGAAAUAUGCAAGGAUGACAAAGUGGAUCGCACAAAAAGAUUGAACAAUAAAGCGUCCUGUGUGUGUGUGCUCGCACGUGUCCGUGUGAUGGGUGGGGGAGAACCCUGACAGACCUGCACCUGGUGUGGAUGUUCUGAACACAUCUGAGCCAUCCCUGACACUUUAACUGCGAGGAUGGGCCUUGUCCUGUGGUUAUCUCUCCAAACACACGAACGCACCAAUGUCCUGUUUCCCUUCGGCCGGUCAGAGGUCAGACAAACAGUGAGAGAGUCGGGGGCUGCUUGACGGGCCUCUGGGGGAAAAACUGUGCAGGAUACUGUGGCGUCCUCUCCUCCAGACUGGAAAACUAGUACGACGACUGUCCAGACUGAAUACGUGGGCCUCCGUUGGAAGCAGCAUGCUCUGAAUGAAUGGCAGCAUUUACUGCAGACUAAAAACAACUACUGUCUAAAAACGGACCUUGAAUUCUUUCUCUUGCCGUGUCGCUGUCAUAGUGUUGAAAUGGAACAAAUGAAAAGUAACUCGGGCUUACUCUGUGAGUUGCUGUUGCUUAGAGUCUGACCUUUAGUCAAUGGAAUUAAAGAAUUCUAUUUUGCAAUUAAAUCAAGGAUUCUGGCAAAAUGACGAAGAAAUGAGGUUGGACUCAUUCUUGCAGUGAAUAAAACCCACACUUAUUAUCAGUCUGCCGACCCACUACGGAUGUUACGCUGUGCACAUUAGGGCCCUUCUCGUUUUACGAUGUAUAAGGUGACAUCCAACGUGCAUGACAGAUUCUACCUAUAUUAACUGAGCAUGACCUGUGAUUGUUUCAUUCACUGUGGGGGUGGGGGCCGCAUUCCAAACAUUAACCACGGCGUCCAAGCCUUUUCAGUCACAUCAAAGUAGCCCGUCG